UCCAGGUCCCGCGGGGCGGUGCGGACCACGGUGGGGCGCCGAGCGGGGAGGGGACUCGCAGGGGGAGUGGAGGCGCGAGGAGGAGGAGCAAAGGUGUUGGAGAGAAAACUUCUGAAAGGAACAGGAAACCUGCCGGGGCGGCGGCGGCUGCGGCGCGCCGGGGCUGCGCACGUCUCGGGGUGUCUGCGGCGCAGGCUUCACUGCUGCGGGGCCCCCGGCGCGGGGUGCGGCUCAGCCCGACGCACGUUCUGUCCGGCCGGGUCCUCGCGGCGCGCGGCCGAUCCGGUCUUGCGCUUCGUUCCGCAGCAGCCUCUGCAGCUCCCAGGGAAGGGCAGAGAAGAGGAGGGACGUCCACUCUGGAACAUGAAGCAUGUCUGAUAAAAUGUCCAGCUUCCUCUACAUCGGGGACAUCGUGUCCCUGUACGCAGAGGGCUCGGUCAACGGCUUCAUCAGCACCCUGGGGUUGGUGGAUGAUAGAUGUGUGGUGCACCCAGAGGCUGGGGACCUUGCCAAUCCACCCAAGAAGUUUAGAGACUGCCUUUUCAAGGUGUGCCCUAUGAACCGGUAUUCUGCCCAGAAACAGUAUUGGAAAGCCAAGCAAGCCAAGCAGGGGAACCACACGGAAGCAGCCUUGCUGAAGAAAUUGCAGCAUGCUGCAGAACUGGAACAAAAACAAAAUGAGUCAGAAAAUAAGAAACUGUUGGGAGAAAUUGUAAAAUAUAGUAAUGUUAUACAGCUACUGCAUAUAAAAAGCAACAAAUAUCUUACUGUCAACAAGAGAUUGCCUGCUUUAUUGGAGAAGAAUGCUAUGCGUGUGUCAUUGGAUGCUGCAGGCAAUGAAGGGUCUUGGUUUUAUAUUCAUCCCUUCUGGAAGCUGAGAAGUGAGGGUGACAAUAUUGUUGUGGGAGAUAAAGUUGUUUUGAUGCCAGUGAAUGCAGGACAGCCAUUACACGCCAGCAAUAUUGAGCUUCUUGAUAACCCAGGAUGCAAAGAGGUGAAUGCUGUUAAUUGCAACACUAGCUGGAAGAUUACUCUAUUCAUGAAAUUUAGUUCCUAUCGAGAGGAUGUAUUGAAAGGAGGUGAUGUUGUUAGAUUGUUCCAUGCAGAGCAAGAGAAGUUUCUGACUUGUGAUGAAUAUGAGAAAAAACAGCACAUUUUCCUUCGUACCACUUUGCGCCAAUCAGCUACUUCAGCUACUAGUUCUAAAGCACUCUGGGAAAUAGAGGUUGUUCACCAUGACCCUUGCCGUGGGGGUGCAGGACAGUGGAACAGCUUGUUUAGAUUCAAACAUCUUGCAACUGGGAACUAUUUGGCUGCUGAGCUUAAUCCUGAUUACCGAGAUGCUCAAAAUGAGGGAAAAAAUGUGAAAGAUGGAGACCUCCCAACUUCAAAGAAAAAACGCCAAGCAGGGGAGAAGAUCAUGUACACUUUGGUCUCAGUCCCGCAUGGAAAUGACAUUGCGUCUCUUUUUGAACUGGAUGCCACAACUCUACAGAGAGCUGACUGCCUGGUUCCGAGGAACUCAUAUGUUCGGUUAAGGCAUCUAUGUACCAACACAUGGGUAACCAGUACUAGCAUUCCUAUCGAUACUGAUGAAGAGAGACCUGUUAUGUUGAAGAUUGGAACAUGCCAAACAAAAGAAGAUAAAGAAGCAUUUGCCAUUGUCUCCGUCCCACUGUCUGAGGUCCGAGACUUAGAUUUUGCCAAUGAUGCAAAUAAAGUGCUGGCAACCACAGUUAAGAAACUGGAGAAUGGCACCAUAACUCAGAAUGAAAGGAGGUUUGUAACGAAAUUACUAGAAGAUCUCAUCUUCUUUGUUGCUGAUGUGCAUAAUAAUGGACAAGAAGUUCUAGAUGUGUUUAUCACUAAGCCAAACCGGGAACGUCAGAAAUUAAUGCGGGAACAGAACAUAUUGGCACAGGUGUUUGGGAUUCUGAGAGCACCCUUUAAAGAGAAAGCAGGCGAAGGCUCGAUGCUGAGGCUUGAAGAUCUGGGGGACCAGCGAUAUGCUCCCUACAAGUACAUGCUGCGACUCUGCUACCGCGUUCUAAGACAUUCUCAGCAGGACUACCGGAAAAAUCAGGAAUAUAUUGCUAAGAAUUUCUGUGUCAUGCAAUCCCAGAUUGGCUAUUAUAUCUUGGCAGAAGAUACCAUCACAGCUUUGUUGCACAACAACAGAAAACUACUAGAGAAACACAUCACAGCAAAAGAAAUAGAAACAUUUGUCAGUUUACUCAGGAGAAAUCGGGAGCCAAGAUUUUUGGAUUAUUUAUCAGAUCUCUGUGUAUCUAAUACCACUGCGAUACCUGUAACUCAGGAACUCAUCUGUAAAUUCAUGUUGAGUCCAGGCAAUGCAGAUAUUCUCAUCCAAACUAAGGUGGUCUCAAUGCAAGCAGACAACCCCCUGGAGAGCUCCAUUCUUCCAGACGAUAUUGACGAUGAAGAAGUUUGGCUGUACUGGAUCGACAGCAACAAGGAACCUCACGGCAAAGCUAUUAGACACCUCGCUCAAGAGGCAAAAGAAGGCACCAAAGUGGAUUUGGAAGUUCUCACCUAUUACAGGUACCAGCUAAACCUCUUUGCAAGAAUGUGCUUGGAUCGCCAGUAUCUGGCCAUUAAUCAGAUCUCUACACAGCUGUCUGUGGAUUUGAUCCUGCGAUGCGUGUCAGACGAAAGCUUGCCAUUUGACCUCCGAGCAUCUUUUUGUCGCCUCAUGCUCCACAUGCACGUUGACCGGGAUCCCCAGGAGUCUGUGGUGCCUGUUCGCUAUGCCAGGCUCUGGACAGAAAUCCCCACAAAGAUCACCAUUCAUGAAUAUGAUUCUAUAACAGAUUCUUCAAGAAAUGAUAUGAAGAGGAAAUUUGCCCUGACAAUGGAAUUUGUUGAAGAGUACUUGAAAGAAGUUGUAAACCAGCCUUUUCCUUUUGGGGAUAAAGAGAAAAACAAACUGACCUUUGAGGUGGUGCACCUGGCUCGGAAUCUUAUAUACUUUGGAUUCUAUAGUUUCAGUGAGUUAUUGAGGCUGACAAGAACCCUUCUGGCUAUCCUAGACAUUGUACAGGCUCCAAUGUCAUCGUAUUUUGAAAGAUUAAGCAAAUUUCAAGAUGGAGGAAACAAUGUGAUGAGGACCAUCCAUGGGGUGGGUGAGAUGAUGACCCAAAUGGUGCUCAGCAGAGGCUCUAUCUUCCCCAUGAGCGCACCUGAUGUGCAGCCCAGCAUCCACCCCAUCAAACAGGGCGGCCCCGCAGAGCACGAGGAUGUCACUGUGAUGGACACCAAGCUGAAAAUCAUUGAGAUUUUACAGUUUAUCCUGAGUGUCAGGCUGGAUUAUAGGAUCUCAUAUAUGCUCUCUAUAUAUAAAAAGGAGUUCGGAGAGAGCAAUGAAAAUGCUGAAAUGUCUGCCAGUGGCUCGCCGGACACAUUACUACCAUCAGCUAUCGUUCCUGAUAUAGAUGAAAUUGCAGCUCAGGCAGAAACUAUGUUCGCUGGAAGAAAGGAAAAAACCCCAGUUCAACUGGAUGAUGAAGGUGGCAGGACAUUUCUGCGGGUGCUCAUCCACCUCAUCAUGCAUGAUUAUCCUCCUUUGCUGUCAGGAGCUCUGCAGCUGCUGUUCAAGCAUUUCAGCCAGAGAGCGGAAGUGUUACAGGCGUUUAAACAGGUGCAAUUGCUGGUCUCCACUCAAGAUGUUGAUAACUAUAAACAGAUCAAGGCAGAUCUAGAUCAGCUUCGACUCACUGUGGAAAAAUCUGAGUUAUGGGUUGAGAAGAGUGGAAGUUACGAGAAUGGGGAAAUGGGGGAAAAUCAAGUCAAAGGUGGUGAGGAGCCAAAUGAGGAAUCAAACAUUUUAAGUCCAGUGCAAGAUGGAACAAAGAAACCUCAAAUUGACAGCAAUAAAAGCAACAACUACCGGAUCGUUAAGGAGAUUCUUAUUAGACUAAGUAAACUCUGUGUACAAAACAAAAAGUGUCGAAAUCAACAUCAGCGAUUACUGAAGAACAUGGGUGCUCAUUCAGUGGUGCUGGACCUCCUGCAGAUACCCUAUGAAAAGAGUGAUGAAAAGAUGAAUGAAGUAAUGAAUCUAGCCCACACAUUCCUGCAGAAUUUCUGUCGAGGAAAUCCGCAGAAUCAAGUUCUUCUUCAUAAACAUUUGAAUUUGUUUCUGACUCCUGGUCUUCUUGAAGCAGAAACCAUGAGGCACAUCUUCAUGAACAAUUACCAUCUGUGCAAUGAAAUCAGUGAGCGGGUCGUGCAGCACUUUGUGCACUGCAUUGAGACACACGGCCGCCAUGUGGAGUACCUGAGGUUUUUGCAGACGAUUGUAAAAGCAGAUGGGAAAUAUGUGAAGAAAUGCCAGGAUAUGGUAAUGACAGAGUUAAUAAAUGGAGGUGAAGAUGUGCUGAUAUUUUACAAUGAUCGAGCAUCAUUUCCCAUCCUUCUCCAUAUGAUGUGUUCAGAAAGGGACCGAGGUGAUGAGAGUGGCCCCUUAGCCUACCAUGUUACACUUGUGGAAUUGCUGGCAGCAUGCACAGAGGGGAAAAAUGUCUACACAGAAAUCAAGUGCAAUUCCCUUCUGCCCCUGGAUGACAUAGUCAGGGUGGUGACCCAUGAUGACUGCAUACCUGAGGUUAAAAUUGCUUAUGUGAAUUUUGUUAAUCACUGUUACGUUGACACCGAAGUGGAAAUGAAAGAAAUCUACACUAGUAAUCACAUUUGGAAAUUAUUUGAGAACUUCCUGGUAGAUAUGGCAAGAGUUUGCAACACAACUACCGACAGGAAGCACGCGGACGUCUUCUUGGAGAAGUGUGUCACUGAGUCAAUAAUGAACAUCGUGAGCGGCUUUUUUAAUUCGCCUUUCUCAGACAACAGUACCAGCCUUCAGACACAUCAACCAGUGUUUAUUCAGCUGUUGCAGUCUGCCUUCAGAAUUUACAACUGCACUUGGCCAAACCCAGCCCAGAAAGCCUCAGUAGAAUCCUGUAUUAGAACUCUGGCAGAAGUGGCCAAGAAUCGUGGAAUUGCUAUUCCAGUGGAUUUGGACAGUCAAGUCAAUACCCUCUUCAUGAAGAGCCAUUCAAACAUGGUACAGAGAGCAGCCAUGGGCUGGAGGCUGUCUGCUCGCUGUGGACCGCGGUUUAAGGAAGCUCUUGGAGGACCUGCUUGGGAUUAUAGAAAUAUAAUUGAAAAAUUGCAGGAUGUAGUGGCCUCCUUGGAGCAGCAGUUCAGCCCCAUGAUGCAGGCUGAGUUCUCAGUGCUGGUUGAUGUGUUGUACAGCCCAGAACUGCUGUUCCCUGAGGGAAGUGAUGCAAGAAUAAGAUGUGGUGCUUUCAUGUCCAAGUUGAUUAAUCAUACAAAAAAACUAAUGGAGAAAGAAGAAAAGCUGUGUAUUAAAAUUCUUCAAACGUUACGAGAAAUGUUGGAGAAGAAAGACAGCUUUGUGGAAGAGGGUAACACAUUAAGGAAAAUACUCCUCCAUCGCUAUUUUAAAGGUGAUUAUGGAGUUGGAAUGAAUGGCCACCUAUCAGGAGCGUAUUCCAAAAGUACUCCAGUGGGAGGAGGCUUUUCUGGACAAGAUACAGAUAAGAUGGGAAUAUCAAUGUCAGAUAUUCAAUGUCUUCUGGAUAAAGAAGGUGCAUCUGAACUCGUCAUUGAUGUCAUAGUGAAUACAAAAAAUGACAGGAUUUUCUCAGAAGGCAUUUUACUUGGCAUUGCAUUGCUUGAAGGAGGAAAUACACAAACACAGUAUUCUUUCUACCAGCAGUUGCAUGAGCAAAAAAAGUCAGAAAAAUUCUUCAAAGUUUUAUAUGACCGAAUGAAAGUUGCUCAGAAAGAGAUAAGAUCAACAGUAACUGUGAAUACUAUAGACUUAGGCAGCAAAAAAAGAGAUGAUGACAAUGAACUUAUGCCAUCUGGUCCAAGAAUGAGAGUAAGAGAUUCAUCAUUACACUUAAAAGAAGGAAUGAAAGGGCAACUAACAGAAGCAUCUUCAGCAACAUCCAAAGCAUAUUGUGUGUACAGAAGAGAAAUGGAUCCAGAAAUAGACAUUAUGUGCACAGGCCCAGACGCAGGAAAUGCUGAGGAAAAGUCUGCAGAGGAAGUAACAAUGAGCCCUGCAAUUGCCAUUAUGCAACCUAUUCUGAGGUUCCUUCAGUUACUGUGUGAGAACCACAACCGGGAACUACAGAACUUCUUGAGGAAUCAAAACAACAAAACAAAUUACAACCUGGUCUGUGAGACACUUCAGUUCUUGGACUGCAUCUGUGGAAGCACAACUGGUGGCCUGGGCCUGUUGGGCCUCUACAUCAAUGAGAAGAAUGUAGCUCUGGUCAAUCAGACCCUGGAGAGCUUAACUGAGUACUGCCAAGGUCCAUGCCAUGAAAACCAGACUUGUAUUGCUACUCAUGAAUCUAAUGGGAUUGACAUCAUCAUUGCUUUGAUUCUCAAUGACAUAAACCCGCUUGGUAAAUACCGAAUGGACCUGGUUCUCCAAUUAAAGAACAAUGCCUCCAAGCUUUUGCUGGCCAUUAUGGAGAGCAGACAUGACAGUGAGAAUGCAGAAAGAAUCCUUUUUAACAUGAGGCCCAGAGAACUGGUGGAUGUGAUGAAGAAUGCUUAUAACCAGGGGCUGGAAUGUGAUCAUGGGGAUGAUGAGGGUGGAGAUGAUGGUGUUUCCCCAAAAGAUGUUGGACACAAUAUCUACAUUCUGGCCCACCAGUUGGCCCGUCAUAAUAAACUGCUGCAGCAGAUGCUCAAACCAGGAUCAGAUCCAGAUGAAGGAGAUGAAGCCUUAAAGCAUUACGCAAACCACACUGCACAGAUUGAGAUUGUUCGGCAUGACAGAACCAUGGAACAAAUAGUUUUUCCUGUCCCCAAUAUAUGUGAGUACCUAACUCGGGAGUCCAAGGGCCGUGUGUUUAAUACGACGGAGAGGGACGAGCAAGGAAGUAAGGUGAAUGACUUUUUCCAGCAAACAGAAGAUCUCUACAAUGAAAUGAAGUGGCAGAAGAAAAUCAGGAAUAACCCUGCCCUGUUCUGGUUCUCAAGACACAUCUCUCUCUGGGGGAGUAUUUCCUUCAACCUCGCUGUGUUCAUCAAUUUAGCUGUUGCUCUUUUCUACCCAUUUGGCGAUGAUGGAGAUGAAGGUACACUUUCUCCAUUAUUCUCAGUUCUUCUUUGGAUAGCUGUUGGGAUCUGCACAUCUAUGCUGUUUUUCUUCUCCAAACCUGUGGGUAUCCGACCAUUUCUUGUGUCAGUCAUGCUCCGAUCUAUAUAUACAAUAGGUCUUGGGCCUACAUUGAUACUUCUGGGUGCAGCUAAUCUCUGUAAUAAAAUAGUAUUUCUGGUGAGUUUUGUUGGCAACCGUGGCACGUUCACACGAGGGUACCGAGCAGUUGUCCUGGAUAUGGCCUUUCUCUACCAUGUGGCAUAUGUCCUGGUUUGCAUGCUGGGCCUCUUUGUCCAUGAAUUCUUCUAUAGCUUCCUGCUUUUUGACUUGGUGUAUAGAGAAGAGACUCUGCUCAAUGUCAUUAAAAGUGUCACACGGAAUGGCCGCUCCAUUAUUCUGACUGCAGUCCUGGCUCUCAUCCUCGUCUACCUGUUUUCCAUUAUUGGGUUUCUUUUUUUGAAAGAUGACUUCACUAUGGAAGUGGACAGACUGAAAAACAGAACUCCUGUUACAGGUAGUAAUGAAGUUCCUACCAUGACCUUAACUUCAAUGAUGGGAAAAUGUGAAAAGGAGACUUGCUCACCCACGAUACCAACUUCAAAUACAGGUGAAGAAGAGUAUGAGGACGGGAUUGAGAGGACCUGUGACACCCUCCUCAUGUGCAUCGUCACGGUCCUGAACCAGGGCCUCAGGAAUGGCGGAGGUGUCGGGGACGUUCUGAGGAGGCCAUCCAAAGAUGAGCCCUUGUUUGCUGCCAGAGUGGUUUAUGACCUUCUCUUCUUCUUUAUUGUGAUCAUUAUUGUUCUUAAUUUGAUUUUUGGUGUGAUCAUUGAUACUUUUGCUGAUCUCAGAAGUGAAAAACAGAAAAAAGAAGAGAUUCUAAAGACAACCUGCUUUAUCUGUGGACUCGAAAGGGACAAGUUCGAUAAUAAAACUGUUUCGUUUGAGGAGCACAUUAAGUCAGAACACAAUAUGUGGCAUUAUUUGUACUUCAUCGUCCUGGUCAAAGUUAAAGACCCAACUGAAUACACUGGGCCUGAAAGUUAUGUAGCUCAAAUGAUUGUGGAGAAGAAUCUGGACUGGUUUCCUCGGAUGCGAGCCAUGUCCCUUGUUAGCAAUGAAGGUGACAGUGAGCAAAAUGAGAUUCGGAACCUGCAGGAGAAACUGGAAUCGACUAUGAGUCUGGUCAAACAGCUGUCCGGUCAGCUGGCAGAGCUCAAGGAGCAGAUGACAGAACAAAGGAAGAAUAAGCAGAGACUGGGCUUUCUGGGAUCAAACACACCCCAUGUGAAUCAUCACAUGCCACCACACUGA